CUCAGGGCGUUAGUCCCCUUUCAAGUUUCCACCAUGCGCAUGUUGUCCCAGGCAGAAGAGACCGAUGACAACACCGAGGUGACCUGGGAGGACCAGUCGAGCAUCAAUACUUUCUCGAAGCUGAAUGCCCGGGCAGGUAACUUCAAGGAGAAGAUAGAGAUUCUGAAGCAAGAGACGGAGGCAUUGGAUGAUCUUUCCAUGGAGUUGGAGCUUGCAGACGAAGAUGAACCUAUAAUGUACCGCAUUGGCGAAGCAUUCGUUCAUAUGCCUCAUUCGCGAGCUAUGAAACGGCUUGAGAAGGAUAAAGCGAGCCUUGAUGCGGAGUUGUCACACACUUUGUCAAAGGUGGAGGAAUGUCAGAAGGAGAUGGAAGAGCUCAAAGCUGUUUUGUAUGCAAAAUUCGGCAAAGCAACAAUCAAUUUGGAUGAGUGAACUUGACUACUGCGAGACGAGAGUACCCUAUACCCGAUGUGCUAAUUUAACAGUGUUGUACAACAUCCUUGGAGUCCUC